AUGAAGUUUGGGAAAACAUAUCUAUCCCAUCAGAUCCCUGAGUGGUCGAUCUAUUACAUGAACUAUAAGCAUUUGAAAAAAAUUAUCAAGUCAAUCGAUUCAGUCAAGGAGGAAAGUGAUAUUGACGAUGCAUCAUACCCAGAAUUGAUCCUGGAGACUUUGAGCUCGUUCUUUUUUGAAAUCGAUAGAAAUAUCGAAAAUGUGGAUGAGUUCUACAAUGCCAAAUAUAAGGAAUAUGAACGAAGAUUGACCAAGAUUAUUCAAGUCUUGGGGUACAAUGACAAUGUAGUCACUCACAAAGUUGAAAGCCAAGAGGAAUUGGAUGAAAUUGUCAACAUAUUGAUCGAAUUGAGAAUGUUGUUUCGUAACUUGAAAUGGUUCGGUGAGUUGAAUCAUCGGGGAUUCAUCAAGAUUUUGAAAAAAUUGGACAAGAAAUUGUCAUCGAUUUUGAAUGAUGGGCAGGUUAGCGAGAUUGAUGUAUCACGUAAUAACAAGGAAGCGUAUUUGACAACGAGAAUUGAUGCAUUACCGUUUGCCAAUGAAACUGAAGUGGCCAAUAACUUGGACAUAAUCCAUCGCAUUUUGUUACAGUUGGGUACUAUGGGGUCAACUAGUGAAAUGAAAUUGGAAACUUUAAAGAUUGAAAAUAAUGUGGAGUCAUUUCAAAAAAUUUUGGAAGAUGAUGAUUCCAAAGCAUUAGAGGAGAAUAUUUUGGAAAACAAGACUGAAAAAUUCAACAUCUCCUUAUUGAAUAAAGCCUCCCUUUUGAAUGCUGAAAAGUGUAUCAAUUUGAUUUGGAAACAUUUGAGCAGUUUGUAUGAUGAAAAGGAUAUCAAUGGAAGAAAUUUCUUCCAUCAUAAUGUUAUUAGUCUUGGAAAGAAUCAAUUUAUCAAGGAAGAACAAUUGACUCCAGGAGAUUCUCCGAACUGGUUAGUUGGUGGUGCUAAUGGUGCUGAUAACAACAACAUCAACAAUACGAGUGGGUUAUUGCAAAUUUUGAACAAACUAGAUGAUAAGAAGUUGUUAAUUGCCAAAGACCAUUAUAAUAGAACUCCGUUGCAUUAUGCCGCUCAAUACGGACUUGUUCAAGUGACAAACAUAUUAUUGGAAUAUUGUUCCAAGUGGGAAUUAAUUGAUCGUGAAUCAUCAAUUGAUAAUAUGAAAAUUUGGGGUGACCAAGAAAACUUGACUCCUUUGCACUUGUCGAUAAUUGGUAAACAUCCAAAAACCACUGAAGUCUUAAUUAAAUUUAACAGUCCAAGAAAGUUGACAUGUCCCGACUUGUUGUUGUUAUCAGUCAGAUUAAACUCUAGCCGUAUAUUGAACUCUUUAAUCACUGAUGGUCGGAUUGAUAUUGAUUAUACAGAUGAAAACCACAAGAACGAAUCCGCAUUGUACAUUGCUUCCAAAAUGAAUUUACCAAACUUGGUUGAAUUCUUGCUCGAGUCAAACGCCAAUACAGAAAUUGGUGAACAAGUAUUUGGAUGGACCCCAAUUUUCAUUGCUGCAUGCGAAGGAUAUAGUGAGAUUGUGAAACUACUCAAGGAAUUUGAUGCUAAUUACGACAUUGUUGAUAAUUCCGGUUGGUUACCAAUGGAACACGCUUGUUUAAGAGGUCAUUUGAAUGUAGCUGACUUGUUAGUUCCCAAGGACCCCAAGCUUUUGCUUUAUGACACAUACCAUCCGGAAAAUAACGUUACUCGUAUCCCCAGUGAGGCAGCUAGUCCUGUAUUGCGGGCAAAAGAUGAUGGUGGAGCUCUCCCUACUAGUAUUGACAGAUUACCCGAAGCUCACAAACACGCUGUAAAUGAGUUUUACAAACAGUUGAAGAAUAACUCUUCAGGUAAUAUAUCUCGCUCAACUUCACCAAAAAGGAAGAAACGAGUCAAAGCGGUGAAAUCAUUUGGUCAUCGAUUUCUUGGUGAAGAUGAAAGUUUGAUUUUGGUUACUUUAGGAACCACUGAUUUACGUGAUGAUCGAACUCCAGUUGAAUUAAACAAGAUUUCAUUGGCGAAAUCGUUUGCCACUGAAUUGGAUACGGCAUUGUCAUUGUCAAUCACUUGUCGAUACAAGUCAACCAAUCAACAAGUGGAACCACCAGUUGUGAUUGAUUUACCUUUGGAAGAUUACCAUGGAAGUGCCACUGAUCCCGUUUCGUUCAAGCUUACCAAUAAUGUCUCCAUUGAUGAUGUCAUUAUUACCUUCGAUUUGAUUCCUACGUAUCAAGUUCACAAAAAGGUAUUGGGUAGAGCUAUUGCUCUUUUGAAAGAUGCAUAUACUAAAGUUGGUCCGCACUUGAGGUCUUUAAACAACAACAUCACUAUACCUAUCUUGGAAACAACAAACUUGGACAUAUUGGGGCUUAUUAGAUUUGAAUAUUUGCAAAUCUUGCCUUUUAAACAUCAUGCCAUGUCAAUUGCUAGAUCAGAUACUUAUUGGAAACAAUUGGUCUCCACUAGAGUCAUUGGACAUCGAGGUCUUGGAAAAAAUGUCAGUGGCAGACAAUCGCUACAAUUGGGUGAAAAUACCGUUGAAUCAUUUAUUGCCGCUUCAUCCUUGGGUGCUUCAUAUGUUGAAUUUGAUGUGCAAUUGACUAAGGAUUUUGUGCCUGUCGUGUACCAUGAUUUUACCGUUGCCGAACUGGGUGUCGAUAUCCCCAUGCACUUGUUAACUUUGGAACAAUUCCUUGGUUUAAACAAGACCAAUGAAAAACCUAAUCGUUCAGUUGAUGAUGAGGUUUUGAUACGGUCCAAGCCUAGAGCUAAGUCAUCUUUUCAAUUGAAUGGCAACCACCAUAAUCACGAUGAUGUUGUUGAUCGUGAUUUUGCUAGUCAAAUUGAUGAACGAAUGAAAUUGACCAAGACUUGGAAAAGCAAAGGCUAUAAGGGAAACGCCAGAGGCUCUUCUAUUGCCUCAAAUUUUGUCACCUUGAAAGAUUUGUUUAAAAAGAUUCCUCAGAAUGUGGGUUUCAAUAUUGAAUUGAAAUACCCCAUGUUAGAUGAAGCUGAACAAGAAAGUAUGGGUGAGCUUGCCAUUGAUUUGAAUUUGUACUUGGACACCAUAUUGAAGGUUGUGUAUGAUGAAAAUAUCAAUGGUCGCCACAUUGUUUUUUCAUCAUUCCACCCCGAUGUAUGCCUCCUACUUUCAAUGAAACAACCAACAAUGCCAAUUUUAUUUCUAACUGAAGGCGGUACUGCGCCCAUGGCUGAUAUUCGUGCUUCAUCUUUACAAAAUGCCAUUAGGUUUGCCAAAAAGUGGAACUUGCUUGGAAUUGUGUCGGCAGCACAAGCAUUGGUCAAGACUCCACGUUUGGCUCAAGUUGUUAAACUGUCGGGGUUGGUUUGUGUAACUUAUGGUGUCGAGAAUAAUGAUCCUGAAUUGGCCAAGAUUCAGAUGAGAGCUGGUGUUGAUGCUGUUAUUGUUGAUAGUGUGUUGGCGGUUAGGGAAGGGUUAAGGGAGCAUAAUGAUUCAAGAAAGGAGUUUGAAGAUUCAGGUAGUGAAUAG